AUGAAUAUCAUAUUUUGGAAUAUAAGAGGGAUCGGUAACAAUGAUUCCCGUCUUGCGUUUGCUGAUAUGUGUAGGUUGCAUAAUCCAUCCCUGGUUUUUAUUGCAGAACCUAUGGUGGAGUAUGAUUUUGUUCCGAAUUGGUUUUGGAGGAAUGUUCAUGUUUCUAAUUAUUGUUUGAAUAACAGGGAUCCUCUCAUCCCAAACCUUUGGGCUGUGUGGGGUUCGGACCAUGUUUAUAAUGUAAUUUUUGUCUCAUCUCAGUGUCUGGUUCUGGAGUAUAUUUGCAGAGGCACUAGCUUAUUUAUUGCUGGAAUUUAUGCUAGCACUUCUUACCUUCUAAGGAGACAUCUUUGGGCAGAUUUGACUAGGCUUCAAAAUUCAUACAUGGGUCCGUGGUUUUUCUUGGGUGAUUUCAAUGCAGUUCUAGGUGCUCACGAAAAAAGGGGUCGCCGUUUACCACCUUCGCUAUCUUGCAAUGACUUCAUAUCUUGGACGAAUGCUAAUUUGUUGUUGCACUUAAAUACUAACGGAGUGCAAUUUACUUGGUACAAUGGUAGACUAGACUCCGAUUCCGUUUUCCUCCGUCUCGAUCGUGCUAUUUGUAAUGAAGCCUGGACUGAUUUUUGGGGCAUUACCUCUUGCACGGCUCUUGUGCGAUCUCAAUCUGAUCAUCAUCCGUUGUUGUUACAUUCAGAUUUCUCUUUAAUUCGGAAAACAGCGUCCUUCAAAUUUUUCAAAACUUGGACCACGCAUGAAGAAUGUCGACCGCUACUUCUGAACAUAUGGAAUAAGGAGGUUGUUGGUUGUGGUAUGCACAGACUUCACACAAAGUUGCUUCGUGUCAAGGAUGCUUUCAAGGCUCAGAUGAGUUUAACUAGAGCAAUGAAUUGUCAGGAUCAGUUUUGGCGUGAGAAAGCGAGAAAUCAAAGUUUUAUUCAUGGUGACCGUAACACUGCUUAUUUCCAUCGUAUAUCUCAUAUUAAAGCGGCAGCGAAGCCAAUUUCUUUUCUUUUAAAUGGGGAUAUGUGCAUUACAGAUCAGAGGGAAAUGGAGAAUCAUGUAGUCGGUUAUUUCCGUGGUAUUUUUGGCACUCAAAAUGACUGUGGAACAAAUGAUUUGAUAGCGAAAACCAUUCCGUCGUUGGUUACUAUUGAGGAUAAUAUUAUGUUAACGGUUAUGCCUUUAGUUGAUGAAAUUAAAAAGGCGGUGUUUGAUCUGAAUGCAGAUGGCGCCCCGGGUCCUGAUGGUUUUUGGGGACAUUUUUAUCAGUACUUUUGGGACAUCGUGGCUGCAGACGUGGUGAGCUCAGUUCAAGAUUUUUUUUGCACUGGAGUUAUUAUUCCGACUUUAAAUUCAAAUAUUUUGGUUCUUAUUCCGAAAAUCCCUGGGGCUACUUCUAUGGCGGAUUUUCGACCCAUUGCUUUGGCCAAUUUUCAAUUCAAAAUAAUCACAAAAAUCCUAGCUGACUGCCUAGCUCUUAUAUGUAUGCGCAUCAUCUCACCUCCUCAAAGAGGCUUUGUCCGUGACUGUAAUAUUGCUGACUGUGUUAUUAUUGCUUCGGAAAUUAUUAACUCGUUACCGAAGAAGCAAUUUUGUGGAAACAUUGCAAUCAAGGUGGAUAUCCGCAAAGCUUUUGACACGUUGGAUUGGGAGUUUUUGAUUGUGGUUCUGCAUCAGUUUGGUUUCAAGGUGUCUGGUCAGAUAGUUAACUUUGAUAAAAGCAAAUUAUUUACUGGUGCUAUGACAAUUGCAAGGAGAAAUAUGCUUGCUCAUCUUUCAGGGUUCUCUAUAGGUGUUAUUCCUUUCCAAUACCUAGGCUAUCCUAUCUUCCAAGGAAAGCUGAAAUGCAUAUACUUCCAACAUAUUGUUGACAGGAUUAAGGUCAAGCUUGCUACUUGGAAAGGUGCCCUUUUAUCUAUCAUGGGUAGAAUCCAACUAGUAAAGUCAAUUAUACAUGGUAUGCUUGUUUAUUCAUUCCAUAUUUAUCGGUGGCCAGUCCGCUUAUUGAAAAUGCUCGAUAGGUGGAUUAAAAAUUUUGUGUGGAGUGGGGACAUCAACACUCGCAAAACAUGUACAGUUUCUUGGUCUCAAGUGUGCCGUCCUUGGGAUGCCAGUGGUCUUGAUCUUAAACCCACUCGAGCCAUCAAUGAUGCUUUACUUCUUCAUCUAAGUGUGAAAGAUAAAUUCUCUACAGUGAGUGCAAAUACACGGUGGAUUGUUGGCAAUGGAGAUAAUAUCCAGUUAUGGUUUGAUAAUUGGAUGGGGAGUCCUCUUGUCACUAUACUUGCUUUGUCGCCGCACCUAUUUCCUAGUUUGAAGGCUACUCUUGCAUUCAUUAUCAAUGAUGGUAAGUGGAACAUUCCUCGAAUUAUUCUUGACUUCCCGUUAGUGGCUGCCCAAAUUCUUCAAGUCACUCUUCUGGUCUCCCCUUUGCCAGAUAAGUGUGUUUGGCUUCAUUCCCAUGACGGUGAGUUAUCUUCUAAGCUUGCUUUCCAAUUUCUUAAUCCGGCUCCACCAAAUCUAGAUUGGGCUACUGAUAUCUGGCGUCCCUGCAUCCCUCCAUCCCACUCUUUUAUAUUUUGGCAUUUUAUGUUAUCCAAGCUUCCAACCGAUGAAAAUUUACAAUUGAGGGGCUGCACCUUGGUUUCCAUGUGUCCCUUAUGCUAUAACCAGGCGGAAUCAUCUACUCACUUAUUUCUUGAAUGUGCUUUCUCCAAAACUAUAUGGCAUUGGCUCGGCAUAAAGCUUCAGCGUUCCAUCCCUCUUGCAUCGCCAUCCUCGUUGUUGUCUUUUCUACCGCAGCGCUGCAGUUCUCAGCUGCGUGACGUGUUAGUCGCUGCCAUUGUUCACUCGGUGCACGCUAUCUGGCUUGCUCGCAAUGUUGUCCGUUUCAAUGCAAGUUCUAUUUCUUUUCAUGCAACUAUGGAGAAGAUCACAACAAUGAUUGCCAUGUCGGGAGGCAGCUCUAAAGGAUAUUGUUUACUGUCCGACAAGGUUAUUUUGGAAAAUCUGUUUGUUUCCCCCUUGCACAGCCGGGUACGGGACAUCAUUCCGGUUGUGUGGCAGCCCCCUACCAGCCCUUGGGUCAAGGCCAACACAGAUGGGUCGGUUCGAAAUUUAAUGGCUGCUUGUGGUGGUGUCUUCCGUGACUCUCGCGGAACUUUUCUUGGUGGUUUCACAAGCAAUCUUGGCAUAGUUUAUGUCUUCCAAGCAGAAAUCAUGGGCCUCAUUUUGGCUAUGGAAUAUGCAAGUUCAAACAGCUGGACUCGUUUAUGGCUUGAAAGUGAUUCUUCUAGUGCGGUACAAGCUUUCCAUCAACCAUCUCUUAUUCCGGUUGGUCUUCGCAACCGUUGGCAUAAUUGUACUCACAAGGGUCUCUUUAUUAUUUGCUCCCACAUCUUCCGAGAAGGCAAUAUUAGCGCGGAUGGCCUCGCCGCUUUGGGACAUGAUGUCCUCGGGACCACGUGGUUCACCUUGCUGCCUCCAUCUUUGGGGCCGGAUUUUACUAGGGACCGACAUGGGCUACCAAAUUUCAGAUUUCCUUAG